AUGAUCAGCGUGGAUCCGAGACGCGUUGCGGAUCUGCAAGAGAACUUGGCGGAAGUACAAGCACGAGUGGACAAAGCCGCGAACGGGCGACCGGUAACCCUCGUCGCAGUCUCAAAAUACAUGCCCCCCUCCGACCUCCAACUCCUCUACUCCUCUCCCCACCGCCAACUCCACUUCGGGGAAAACUACCUCCAAGAACUCCUUCACAAAUCAUCCCUCCUCCCCGCCGAUAUCCACUGGCACUUCCAAGGUGCCCUCCAAACAAAUAAAUGCAAGAACCUCGCGUCCCAGAUUCGGAAUCUGUGGAGUGUGGAGACGGUUGAUACGGUGAAGAAGGCGGAUGCAUUGGAGAAAGGACGAAGGAGUGUAUUGGAGGGGAAGGGAGAGGUAGGGGAGGAGGGGAAAAAGUGGGCAAGGUUGAGGGUUUACGUGCAGGUCAAUACGAGUGGUGAAGAAAGCAAAUCCGGCGUCGAACCCCCGGAAGCCCACGCCCUCUGCCGCCACAUCCACAACUCCUGCCCCUCCCUCACUCUGUCCGGCCUCAUGACAAUCGGAUCCCGCUCAAACUCCCUCUCCUCCUCCGAAGAGAACCCCGACUUCAAAACCCUAGUAAGUGUUCGAGAUCAGAUUAGUAAAGAGUUGGGAGUGGAACUGGGGUUGAGUAUGGGCAUGUCGAGUGAUUUCGAGGAGGCGAUUAGGAUGGGGAGUACGAAUGUUAGGGUUGGGAGUUUGUUGUUUGGCAAGAGGAAAACGAAGGAGGAGAUGGAUGAGCUCAAGAAGCGAACAGCCGAGACGGAGAAGGCACGAUGA